AUGAGGCCAUGGGCCUUUAUCGUAAUUACUUUGAUCCUCUGCUGCUCUGUUCAUGCAGCUAAUAGGUAUUGGAUUGAUAUACCUGAUUCAUUUUAAAAAAAUAUGAUGGCACUUGACACAACUUAAUCUGGAAAUUAUAUUGAACCAUGGCAUCCACGCAUGAAAUUCGAAAUGAAAAUUUAAAUUCCUCAUUUUAAAAGAAACUUGAGAAAAUAAUAAUUAACAUUGGGCUCUUCAUUUUUGCAAAUGUCUCAAUCAGAUUAUUUUAUGGAUAAAAGUUUAUUUUGCUCAUGUAAAUUUAUUAUUCCAGAGAAGCCAUCUACUUAAGAUGACUCGGUACAGACUGCAGGAGGUCAAUAGAUUGAGCAAUAAUCUUAACAAACUCAAUAGGAAACAGAUUAACAAGUUCAGCAACAAAGUUAGUAAUAAGUUACAUAAUAAUAAACUUCUGUAGAUCAGAGUGAAUUAUCAAUAGAAAAUAUGACACCAGAACAACUCUAAAUGCUAUAAUAGAGUAUAAUAAGAAAGAAACAAUAAGGAACAGCGAAAAACAGCUAGGUUUUUAUCUAAUAGAACUAACAUUAACAAUAGUAGUAUUACAAUUAAGAAUCUAUUUAGCCUCAAAAUUAUUAGUAACCAGUCCAAUAACAGUUUUACUCCUAACCUUAAUAAUAGUAAUAAUAGUAAUUACUACAACCAGAAUAGCCUAAUGCUUAAGUCUUAAUAGGGAUAUUAGAAUAAUAAAAAUAAGUAAUAGACCUAAUUGAAAAUAUGUAUGUUCAUCCUUAGUUAUAACAACAGUAAGCCACUGUUUAUUCUAAUAUACCUCAAUAAUAAGGAUAGUACAUUUAAGAAAGCUAAUAGCCACAAUAUCAAUAACCAACUACUCAGCAACAGUAUUACUAGGUACCUUAAUAAUAACAACAAUAAUAACAGUAAAUAGUUACUAAUUAAUAACAACAAAAGUAAUUUAUUUAAUAGUAACCAUAAGUAGUAUAACAAAUACCUAUUCAACAAUAACAGUAAGCUUAAGUUCUUUUACAAAAACCUGUAUAAUAAUAGCAGCAACCACAAUAUUAGCAGUAAUAAGAAUAGUGGCAGUAGUAAUAGCUUUAAUAAGAGUAAAUUUAACAAAAACAACAAUUAUAGAAUAACUCUUAUUUUUCUCCAGCAUAUGCUUAACUACCCAGCAUAAACAGCAUUCCUAAUAUAUCUUCUCAAUAAAGCUAUUAAGAAUAACCUCAAGUAUAACAAAACUAUCAAUUUGAUCCAAAGAUAUUCUAGCAAUAAAAAGAAGUUUAUGGUCUGAAUUAUUGA